AAAAAAAAAAAAUCCUAGAAAUCCAAAAAGGCUCAUCUGGGAAGGAGGAGAGAGAGGAGAGCGAGAGGAAGCGGGAUGCAACUCAACCUGACGCUGAUCUGCUUCGUCUUCGGGGGGUUCCUGCCCGACGCCGCGGCCCGGCGGGAGCAGAUGGACACGGGGCAGUGCGACCUGCCCCGCUCGCAAGGAGAGCUGAACUCUUUCCUCUGGACCAUCCGCCGUGACCCCCCUGCCUAUCUCUUUGGCACCAUCCACGUGCCCUACACGCGGGUGUGGGACUUCAUCCCUGACAACUCCAAGGCCGCUUUCCAGGCCAGUUCCAGUGUCUACUUUGAGCUGGAUCUCACCGACCCCUACACCAUCUCGGGACUGGCCAGCUGCCAGAUGCUGCCCCACGGGGAGAACCUGCAGGACGUGCUGCCCCGCGAGCUCUACCGCCGUCUCAAACGCCACCUGGACUACAUCAAACUGAUGCUGCCCCAUUGGAUGACCCCGGACCAGCGGGGCAAAGGGCUCUAUGCUGACUACCUCUUCAACGCCAUCGCCGGCAACUGGGAGCGUAAGAGGCCCGUCUGGGUGAUGCUGAUGGUGAACUCCUUGACAGAGACUGACAUCCGCUCCCGAGGAGUGCCGGUGCUCGAUCUCUACCUCGCCCAGGAGGCUGAGAGGAUGAAGAAGAGGACGGGAGCAGUGGAGAGGGUGGAGGAGCAGUGUCACCCACUGAACGGGCUCAACUUCUCCCAGGUGCUGUUUGCACUAAACCAAACUCUGCUCCAGCAUGAAAGUCUCCGAGCAGGCAGUUUGCAGGCCCCAUACACCACUGAAGAUCUCAUCAAACAUUAUAACUGUGGAGACCUGAAUGCUGUUAUAUUCAAUCAUGACACUUCCCAGGUCCCAAACUUCAUCAACACUACGCUUCCACCCCACGAGCAAGUAACAGCCCAGGAGAUAGACAGCUACUUCAGGCAGGAGCUCAUCUACAAGAGGAAUGAGAGAAUGGGCAAGAGGGUGAUGGCGCUGUUACGGGAGAACAGAGAUAAGAGCUUCUUCUUUGCCUUCGGAGCAGGUCACUUCCUGGGUAACAACACUGUGAUUGAUGUACUGAGACAAGCAGGAUUUGAAGUGGAGCACACCCCUCCUGGACAACCGAUUGGAAAUUCAAGAAUGACCAAGACGAGUCCUGCCUUACAAGGGUCCUCAGCAACAGCCCUGCCUGCUCUCCAGCUUUCCGAACAGGUUCCACUGACGUCUCCUUCCCUGAAGCCCCUACAAAUGGAUGAAGAAGACAGCCUGUCUCCUCAUCUCUUGUUACCGGACAGCAUCAGCCAGCUGGAAGAGUUUGGCAGGCAGAAGAAAUGGCACAAGAAACAGCACAAACACCAUCGCCAGAGACAGUUCAAUGACCUCUGGGUUCGGAUAGAAGACAGCACCACCACGUUGCCUUCCUAUAUCAGGAUAACCAAUGGCUACAUCACAGUCAAACCUCCUAUCUGGAUUUCCAACCGGCUGGAUCAGAGGCCACGCUCAGAUCACCCAUCCCAACCUCAGCCUACAAGCUCAGCUCGAGCCACCAUUUUAUGGCCAUCAGUGACUGCUCCUCUCUACGUGGCCAUAGCUUCAUUUCUCCUGAAUCUACUGCAGCCUUCCUGACCACAUUAGUAUUAUGUGCAAUCCCUUGGAAUAGAGAAGAGAGAUAAUUUAUGAACGAAUUGGAUGUUAUGACAACACUUACAGACUGGACCUUCUCAGUGAAUCAAGAGUGCCUUCUAGCUGAUUUGUUCUCUUUGCCCAGAUACAUUUUGAAACUCUAAAGCUUUAUUGUAACACUGACUUACAUCUUCUUUUUGUAGAAGGAUCUUUAUUUCCCAUAGUGCUAUGGGGUUUUGUAAAAUAUUCAUGUUCAUAUAAAGAAAAAAAAAGAAAAAAAAUGUAUUUAUUCGACUGGUAAACUUAUUUUUUUCCUUGUUGUAUAUGUUAAUAACAUCCCUAGUAAUCAGUAGCGAUGGUGAAACAGAUAAAUUAAUAUUUUCUAUAUUUGUUUUCUAACUGACAACUCUGCAAAUGCCUGAAGUGGCACCAAAGUGAAUGGCUUAUUUCUUUAACCAUAAUGACUUUUUAAAGUAACUACCCAAUAAGUACUUUUGUACUGAACUUUAUUUUGCUUUUAUAAAAUUCUCACUAGAAUAACUUAGACUAAAUAAAGCAGAUCCCCUUCUCUGUGGCCUAUGCCCAAUAGAGGAAUAGGUGCAUUCUCAAGCUGCUACAACCUAAAAUCUCUGCUAUUUUUAUAUGACUUAGCAAUUCGUUAUUCAAGAUAAACCUCUUAAGCUCCCCAGUUGUCUUUCUUUAACUCAAACAUUUAACUUCUCUAGAAAUUACCAGUCUCCCUCUUUACCUUGAGAUUAAUUCAUUAGCUAUCUCAUAAAAGAUUUCAUUUUAAGUAAGUCUGCAAUAAUCCCACUGGAAUUAUUCUCUCCCUCUUUAUAUAUAAACACAAGCCUACAACCUUUCUCAGCAUAAACAAGAGCAGGACUUGGUCUGUCUAUAGAGCAUGAAGAUGCAGUAUCAUGCUAAUCUGUAGAACUGCUUUACUAAUUUAAUUGAUAAAAGGAUACUCAACCUGCAGGGAAGGGAGAAAAUGUGUAGAGAUUCACUGGCAUCUUGCUGUUAUGCAUAGAGUUGGAAUCCUUAUUCUGAGUUAUGAUCUGUCCAAACUCUGUUCAAGGCUACCAAAGUAAUUCCUCUGUCAUAUAAGAACUUACCUCUGCUUGUAGCCUAUGGGUCCCUCUAUUGACUUAGAUGGACGCGCUCUGACAGCUUGCACUCUAUGAGAAAUUCACCCAAUCUCAGAGCAGAAACUUUUCAUUAAUCAGAUAAACAACAUCUGUGGGGGAAAAAAAAAAUGCAUCCAUUUUAAUAACUGCCAUGUUUAGUAAAGCAUGUUGAUUUUUUCCCCCAAAAAACAGGAUGUAAAAAAAUCACUUUCAGUGCAAAAAGUUCUAACCAAAAAUGAUUUUUGAAGUAGCCUUUCCCCUGAAGGAAGCUUUUACACCUUAAAAACCAUAUCAGAUAAUGACAGCAAUAACAAUUACACCAAGAAGAAUCUGACUGUCGUUGUGCCAACAGCACCACCACCUUCAGAACUAAAGACAAUUCCAUGUCAUCUUUAGGUCUCCUCAGUGGCAGGUUGCUUUAGGGUUCCUAGUUUGUCAUGAGAUUAAUCAUUCAGGGAAGAAGCUUAGGAAGUAAUCAGCCUGAAAGAAGUAUGUGGUUUUAUUUGGAACCAUGAUAAACACGGAGCUUUUCCACCAUGCAUCCCAACCCGUUGCUUUGCCAAGGCAAGAGAAAACACAUUACUUUCAUUUGACUUACUGCACACCAUGACUUCCAGCUCUUGCUCUGCUAUGGAGAAAAGGAUAUGUAGAUUUGUGGUUGACUUAAGUGGGUACAGCAGACAGUCGUGUAAGCUGCCCCUGUUUUAUAAGGCACAAUAGUUGAUAAGACUGAAUGGAAAACUUGAAGCUUUGCCCCAAAUGCGAGAUUCAAGCACGCCCUGUGCAUACUUCUGUGCUGUGUAUUUUGGCUAGCGGAAGAUUAGAGAUGUUAGCUUUGGACAGAAGCCAUUCACCUUGCAUAAUAUUUAUUGCACUGGGCUGGAUAUUGGAAACAUAUUUUGAGAACUUUGGUUUCAGCUUUAUUUGUCUAUUUCCCCUAAAAUGGCUUCAUUUGAAUAUAAUGGCUUAACAGACCUUCAAAUACAACCUUAAAGCAUUUUAAAAGAUCAGUUCUCCUGCCAUACUCAAACUGAAGUUCAGAACUGAAUGACAGUACGUUAGUCACAUAAAUUGAGCUGGAAAUAAGGUAGGCAAAUCUUAAGGGUGAUGAUAAGUUACACAGUAAAAGUGAACAGCCAAUGAGCCAAAACCCAUUGAAUUUUACUUGCUAUAAUCUGUUCAAGUCCAGAAAUGAUUCUGUGGUACCAUCCCAGAAAUAAUUCCUGGUGUCAGAGAGCUUACAGAAUUAAUAGAUAAGAUCAUGAGAAGAUCAGAGAGACAAAAAAAAAGAGCAGGAAACAGAAACAGUAUGGCCAGGAUCAUAAGGAAAACCACCAGUAGGAUCGAGACUGAAACUUACAGUUCCACUGUACCCAACCCGUGGUUUUCUCUGAAGGACUCUGAGGUCUUUGUUUUAGUAUAGUGAGCACAUAGACACACUCACAGCUGUCACUGUUCCACACAGAAUAAUAUCUCAAGUUAUAUCACUAUUGAGUAUUUCCUGAGUCACUCCUCCAUUGGACAGUAAUACUAGAUACUAGCUCAUAUACCACAGCGUGUUUGGAUAUCACAGUAUGUAAAUAGCUUAGACAUCAAAGUAUGUUGUGACAUAUUUACAUUUCUUAGCAUUUUGCCUGUAAUCCCUGUGAAGUGAAUGAAUGUUGCUGGAGCUCACCGUAUUUCACCUGUUUUUCUGCCCUGUCAUUCUGCAAUGCAGGUGUCUAAGCAAGGUGUCUGCAGGGCUUGGAACCAACAUCCUUCUUCCAGCUCAAAGCAUCCAGCUCACACUGUCACCCCAGGUUAGGGGACAAGAAACCACUUGCAAUAAGUUUAAGAGGAGAUAGCUUCCCACAGAUGCUAGCUCAGGAACCACAGAUGAAUGGCUUCAGUGUAGUUUGCUGACCAAGUAUUUCUUUUCUUGUCUUCCCUAAGCUAUGACUUAGAGUAACUUCUUGGUUUUUUUUUAAUCCUUGGCACAUAAGGAUUGCAAUACUAGAAAAUGAGACCCUCACUGUGAUACAUCAGUGCUGGUGUAUUUAGCACAGCGCUAUGCACAUCCAUUGCAAUGGAUCGUGAUUGUGUUCCAUGUAAGUUUAUAGUGUAUCAGAUUUGAUGUAUGUUCUGGAAGUAACUCUACCUACCAGCUUCAUGGGAUUUCACUUCUGUUCAGUGGAUUUCUCAGAGAGUGAGGAGCUUUGUUUCACCCUAAUGAAAGCUCAGAUUUCCAGUGACAAAUUCCAGGAGAGAGGGGUUUAAAAAUAAAUGCAUCCACACUAUAUAAGACAGCAAACACUGAUGAUAGUAUUGUGAGAAACACAACCAAGGGAGUCAUGCAAUGUCUAGCAAACAGGUACACAAUUUUUCACUCUUGGGUCCAAAGUUGAAUGUUUGCAAGAUUUACCCUUUCAACUCAGCUACAACUGACACUACUACAAUUCACAGUACAUGUAGUGUUAACAUUAUAAAACAAAUGUUAUUUUCUACCAAGCUAUUGCCUCAGUAAACAUACCAUACCAUCAGCAACAGGACUAACCUCCACUCUGUAAUUGUUUUAAUGCUUCUCUUGCCAAUGUUCAGCUACAGAUGCUGUAUGAACGUGUAUUGCUACUUGAAGAACCAGACAGUAAGCUGGGACAGAAGGUAUAUUAUAUUUUAUGGCUGAUGUACUAUCUCUGCAAUCCCUUGGGCUGUUGGAUAAUGCAAUACCUCUUCCAGAAAUAAAAUGAUGGAAUGAUUUAUGAUAACUACACUUUAUACAGGUGUCAAAAAUCUACCUUGUUGCUCUUCCCAUUCCUCCAAGCUACGCCAUAAUUUAGGAACACCCACAGUGCAGAGCUGUAUGUUUGUCUAAGUUCUUCGAUAUACAAUUGAGGAGAGAAAGAGGGAAAGAGCACUAGACUCAGUGCAUCAAUUAGUCAAAUGAUACAUCCCUAUCAGUCAUUACAUAUACCUCCAUAAGAGAGGAGCUCCCCAUCAUAUCUUUAAGCUAGAGAAACCAAAGUGCCAUACUGGUUAUCUGAGCAUAAGUGCUAUCAUUCCUAACUUUUAGUACCAUAAGAUAUUGCCAUUUUAUAUCCAAAAAGGCUUGUUAUAUCUCCAAAGUGAUUGACAUACAUGGAAGAUUUCAGCUUGUUCUGGCUUAAUUAGAGCAGAAAGCUAGUUUCCUAAUGUUGAGCUCAUGGGUUUGAGUGUCUGUAUGUGUGUUUAUGGCUGCAUGUGUAUGCUUUGUCCCAGCCUAAAUGCAGACUUUCCUGCAACAAGCUCUUCAGGAGGCACCUUACUACAGCCAGUAUGAUCUUGCCAAGUAGUAAAUGCACACUUCUCAUCUCCAGGAAUGAUUCACUGCCCUGCAGAUUCACGCUCACACUGAAUUUUAAAUUGCAUGUUUGUCAGUUUUUGAUUCAAAUGUACAUCAAAUAUUUUUUCCUGUUCCGCCUCCUGCUUUUGUGAACUGUUUUGAAGAGUGGAAUAAAAAGAUGCUUUCUAAUAUUAUUUUGUCAAAAUAUUUUUGUAGCGUAAUAUAUUAAUAAAAUGUUAUUAUAAAUCCGUAGCACAAGAA